AUGAAAAAUCAAGAAGAGAACUUAAAAAAACAGUUUUACGCUAGCCCAAAAAAUAGUUCCGAAAGAGCCUCCAUUAAAAAUCAAUUAACCCGGCUCCAAAAAGAAAAGUUUGAUAAAGGUGAGUGUGGAAAAGGAAUUAGUUUUGAUGCUAAAAAUGAAGAAUUAUUCGAACGCCUAAAAAACCCCACCGGUCCAGCCACUGACCCUGGCGUUUUAGCCAGUCAAAUUAAAGAAGAAUUAAGAGCCAUUUUGAACGGAAGCCGAAAAAUGAAAAGCGGAGACAGAAAAGAAAUUAAAGAAGCGAUUGCUAAUUUGCCUCGCAAACGUCAAGAACCGCUGGACUUAGAUAAAAUAACUACUCGGAUGGUACGAGUUAAGCGGGAAGAUUUAAAUUCGGCUGAUUUUAACGAAAUAAUUAGUUUAAUUCGUCAAGUUAGUAGUUUUUUAGAGGAAAAAGACAAACAAGAGCAACAGCAAACUGAAAAUAUAAAAUUGAACAACCCUCAUUUAUUUACUCAAUCAAGAUGUUCGACAGAUGGAGAAUACAACGGUCGCAGAAGUGGCAAACAUAAUGGUUUUAAUUAUACUAUUUAUGUUCCGGAUAACCAUUUUGCUUUAACUAAUGUGUUGUUUGAUGACGGUUGGGGAACUAACUCGGAACAAAGAGAUGAAAUUGUUUCCGACGAAAAACAAGCCCGACGCUUAAUAAACCAAGGCAAACAGGUUAGUUAUCAAACUUAUGUUGACUUAAAUGAUAAAAUUUCUAUCGACCAUUACCAAGAAAACGGACAGUUAGAUUUAGCCAAACCAGUUAGUGGGAUUAAUAAAGGACUAAUUAAAAAUAACGACCAUGGAAAAAGUAUGAGUGGCAGACUUAUUACUAACGAUAAUGAAAAAGCCAAAACAUCUGAAAAAAUUGAUAAUGAAUUUCUCCUGCAAUACUUUCAAGAAAAAAAUAUCAAACAAAUAUCUUUAACUCCGGACGGUAAUUUACUGAUUGAAUAUAAUAGUGAUAAAACAGAAAUUAUAAAUAACAAUCAAGCUAAUAAUCAAGAACUACAAAAAGUUAUUAGUUAUUACCAAAAAAAUAAUCAAACCAAUUUAAGUCAGCAAGAUUUAAUUAGUAUGUCCGAUACUAACUCGUCAACCACAAGUCCGAAAAAUAACCAUGUUUUAUUAAUCAGUUUUGGUAUUGUUGGAGCCUUAAUGGUUGGAACGGCUAUCGGAUUAUGA